AUGUCUCGACUUUCCAUUCUGUCAAUUGCUGCUGCUGUAGCCUUGGUUUCUAGUGUAAAUGCACAGCAGCCACUUUAUGCUCAAUGUGGCGGAAACGGCUGGUCCGGAGGAACAACGUGUGUAUCUGGAUUGUCAUGCGUUAAGCAAAACGAAUGGUACUCGCAGUGCCUCCCUGGCGCUGCCACCACCAGCACGACCAAGCCCAUCACUAGUACUUCGACCACCGUCCCUGUCACCUCAAAGACCACCACCAGCACACCACCUAGUGGAACUCCUAUUCCAGGUGUCAAAUACUGGUUCUCUUUUGGAGAUUCUUACACGCAAACUGGGUUUGAUAUCAAUGGCGUGAAGCCUGCUGUAGGCAAUCCACUCGGCAACCCGACGUAUCCUGGUUACACUGCCUGCGGCUCUGUUCCCAACUGGGUUGACUUGGUUACUACCAAGUACAAUACUAGUACAUUACUCACAUACAAUUUUGCUUACGGUGGUGCCACCAUAGACGCGAGCUUGGUCAAACCAUACACUCCUGAGGUUCAGUCUUUGACUGACCAGGUCAACAGCUUCCUCGCCAACAAGGCCGUUGCUCCCUGGACUGGAAGCAACUCGCUCUUCUCAGUCUUCAUCGGCAUUAACGACAUUGGAAACUCUUGGUACCAGUCGGGAGAUCGCGGAGCGUUCUCGGAAGUCCUCUUGGACUCCUACUUUGGACUGAUCAAGAAAAUUUACGAUGUCGGUGGACGGAAUUUUUUGUUCGUCAACGUUCCUCAUGUUGACCGCUCGCCCUUGAUGCUCGCUCAACCUGCGGACUCACGUCAGGCAGAGGCCGCCGUUAUUGACGGUUUCAACGCCAAGCUUGCCGCCAGGGUGUCUGCAUUCGCGUCGGCCAACUCUGGAGUCAAGACUUGGAUUUACAGCUCAGCCGCGAAGCUUGACACGCUCCUCAACUCCCCAGGGACGUACGGGUUCCAGGACGCAACCAGCUACGGAUCUGCUUCCAACUUGAUGUGGUGCAACGACUAUCAUGUUUCAAGUGGAGUUCAUGACUACUUUGCGAAAGACGUUGCGACGUUACUCAAGGGAAGCUUUACAAGGCGUUAG